AUGAUGAGCAAAGGUUUGCGACAACUGUCAAUCGAAAUUUCCUCUGUUUGAUUUGUUUCAAUGUCCUUAACGACCCAGUUCUGUGUCCGAGAAACCAAGAUUGUUUUUGCCGUUCUUGUAUCACGAAACACCUCGAGAAUUCACAAAGAUCCCCUACGUGUGCGGAUGAAUUGACCAUAGACUCUCUAACUGAACCGAACAGAAUGGUGAAAGAUUAUUUAAAUGAAUUGAAGAUUCAUUGCGUUUACAACAAGAGAGGUUGUCAAGAGAUUCUACAAGUGCAACAUCUUGACAACCAUGAGGCUAAAUGUGGAUUUACAGAAACAUUUGUGCAUUUGUACAAACCAAGGGCUGUGCUGUAACUUUAAACCACCGUGAUCUUAUUCACCAUCAAAGUGAACUAUGCGAAUUUCGCAAGUUGAAGUGCCAUUCGUGCGGAGAAAUUAAGAAAAGAAUGGCGAAACUCGAGAAGAAUAUGGAGAGAAAUGCGGCAGAUAUGGAAGAAAACUCGAAGCAGUAAAUCAUGAAGUGAGAGGAUUGACAACAACUUUGAUUGAACGUUUUGAUGAAAUGAAGGAUGUUCUUGUCAAGAUGGAGAACGACAUAGAAGAAAACUCAAGAAAAGUACAGCAAGUGCUGGUAAGGAAGAUAUCAUUGUUGCUGGAGGUUAUGGAACUGACUCUGUAGAGAUGUUUAACUGGCGUCAAAGACAAUGGUCGCCAUUACAAUCCAUACCAAAGACGUGUUCUUCAGCGACUUCAUUUGUUUACAACAAUCAUGUUACAAUUGCUGGAGGUCACUGUUCUGGCUAUGUGAAUGAUAUGAUUAGACUGAAUAUCAACCCAAACCUUGAUCUCUCAAGGCGCUGGAGUGAGUGUCCCGUUAAACUACCUGCUAAAUUUGCAAACCACAGCAGUGUGCUGUAUAAUGAUCAGUUGAUUGUCAUAGGUGGUUUUGAUGGAAAUGCUGUAUCUGACUGUAAUACUGUAUCCAUGAAGUUUGACUAGUGCCUUCGUAUGCUGUGAAGAUCUUAUCAAGAAUGCCUGAACCAAGACGGGAUCACAGCACACAAUUAUUUGAUGAUAACUUGUUGAUCGUUGGUGGAAGGACAACUGCCAGUUACCAAGACAACCUCAGCAGUGUCAUACUGUAUGAUAUAAAGAAGAAUGAAUGUAAAAAGUUGGCACCACUGCCGUAUGAAGUGAAUGACAUGACAACUGUGAGAUUGGGAGACAAGAUCGUUGUUUUAGGUGGCGUUGACAUACAUGGCCAAGCAUUAGAUACAGUUAUCAUUUACAAUGUCAAGACUGAACAGAGUCACGUGUUGCCGCCAAUGAGAUGUAAGAGAUGGGGAUGUACUGCAGUUGUUAUUGGAAACAACAUUGUAGUACUGGGAGGGAUGGAUGAACAGCGACGUGUCUUAAAGUCAGUUGAAGCUUUCAACUUUGAAAGUUAUACUUCGCAAGAACUUCCAGAAAUGUCUCAAGCGAGAUGCGUGCACACUGCUGUUCUUGUGUGA